AUGUCUUUUCGCAAGAUCCGCCCAUCGUUUGGAGGCAGCAGUGCGUCAACCAGCCAUACGAGUAACCCGAGCCAACCCACAUCCGAGAAUACGGGGCUUGACCUCAGCCGUACCCACGACGACAACACGGGUGAUAGUAGCAUCUCAUCCUCCAAACGCCGGCGAGUCCCAGACUCAGUAACACGUAACGCUUGCGUGAACUGCAAAAAAGCUCGAGCAAAGUGCGAUGGCAGAAAACCGUGCAAGAGAUGUGCAUCCCGAGUAGAAACCUCGGAAUGUGUCUACAAAGUGCAUAUAAAACAUGCAAAGGAGGACCUAGUGAAACAGAUAAAGGAACUCGAGAGAAAGGACAGUUUGAGCGAGCAGAUUCUUCAAGCAUUAUCAACGGACGAGAAGUUGCCCGAGAUCCUGGAACGACUUAAGAAUGGAGAAACAUAUGAAAGUAUCGGCGACUGGCUGGGCCGCUCUACCCAUUUCGACGACCCCGAGAGCUAUUCGCCCGAAGUGUCGCAGAAUUCUGGUCUCCAGCCGCCAGAUCUUGAAAUGGGAGGCAUAGCCGCCCCUUUUAGAUGGACUACUGUGACGUCUGACUCGGCGAUUUUAGACCACCUAUUCCAACUGUACUUUGCCUGGGUCCACCCGGUACAUACGCUGUUCAGCGAAGGCCACUUCGUCAACAGCUACAAACGCCAGUCAGGGACCUACUGCUCCUCCAUUCUAGUGAACGCGAUUUGUGCCAUGGCUUGCCAUCUCCAUACUGCGGCAGACGGCGGCCCGGCAGAUUUUGAACAACUAGGUGAGGACUUCACCGAUGCAGUACGUAUCAAUCUCGAUGCCGAAGACUUUAGCAUAACCGCAGUACAAUCGCUUGCAGUCAUGUUCCUGGUUGACUGUGCCCGCGCGCAGAGCUUGCGCGCUUCAGCCUAUCUCGGGCUGGCAGUCAGCAGUCUAGGCAAUGUCGCGUACGAAGAGACUGAAGGUUUUAUAGAAGUUUGGAGGGACACUAUCCACGGUGUUCAAAACCUCAAUGUGUCAGUACAUCCUCUCCUCGCUCUGCUGGGCCACACUAAUGGAUGCAGCGAAUGGGCACUGGCGACCUGCCAAGUCCCGGCCGUUAUCAGCUAUGUGCCUGAUGAGUGGAUUACAGAAAUCGAUUUGAAACUCGACGACGCCAAAUGGUACUUCUACCGCUAUAUAAACGAUCAAUGCCCCGCAUGGCCAGGAUUGCUAGCAACAUCCAAUAGAGAAAAGUCGAAAUUGAUGGAAAUCGUUCAGGAUGUUGCUACGAUGAUGUACUCCCAACAGAGUUCGGUAGUCUCGGCACAACAAGUUUUGCAACAGUAUAGCAGAUUCAUAUCAUGGCGGGAAGACCUUCCGAAGGUGCUAGGAGAUGUCGAAAACAAUACCAGUCAGGCACUUCCUCACGUGCUCUCUCUCCUCAUCUUAUACUCGAAUGCAGUCGUUCAGCUCCUUCGUCCAUUGCUUGACUUGGGGGGGUUUCCGACGUCCAUGGUGGAGGAAGUGAUUUGGAACCAUGCCCAGCAGGGACUUUACCUCUUUGAUGAACACUAUCGAACACAAUACACUUGCCGGUAUCAGCCGGUCCUACAGAUGUUUGCGGUGCUUCAUUUGACCGACGUCAUUGCUCGAUUUUUCCCUGGAGGCAAGGAGGGUGGGAGCAAGGAUGGUCCUGAGGCCAUACAUUUCGGGAUGGAUGCCUUGAUGGAAUCCCUUCCAGGAUUUCAAGUGGCAGGCCCUCUGCAGGAGAUGCUGAAGCAGACUGCCUCCGAAUGUUCGAUUCGACUAUCCCCAGAUCUAGACGAAAUUAUGUCGCCGCGUCAAUCCCAACGCAUAUACCGAAUGGAUGAUAUCAUUGAUGCAUGUUCUAGGCCGAGAUAUGUCCAACCCAUCAAAGACAUCCAGGCCAGAUACGCCCCGAAUUUCUCUGCAGGCUGGGCCACUGAGGGGCCAUCUUUCGGCUUUGUGGAGUCGAUAUCUUUUUUUUCGGGGAGCAAUGUGCAGUCCGGGGAGGAAAAGGGUACGCAAGGCCUCAUGCAGAUCCAUAAUCUACUCAAUUCAAACUAA